AUGGCUUCCACGGACGCCGCCACUGAUCAGACGUCUUUGGAUCGGACAAAGAGAGCCAAAUUCGCCAAGGUAAAAAAUAAAACCCCAGCCCCUAUACAAAUAACUGCUGAACAAAUUCUCAGAGAAGCCAAGAAUAGGGAACUAGAGGUUGCCCCAGUUGCACCGACCCAGAAAAUAACAAAUCUUGCUGAACUAAGGGACUUUCAAUUGCGAAAACGCAAGGACUAUGAGGAUAAUAUCCGGAAGAAUAGGCUUGCCAUGCAAAACUGGAUCAAAUAUGCAAAAUUUGAGGAAAGCCAGGGCGAAUUACAGAGAGCACGUUCGAUCUUCGAACGUGCACUCGACGUCGACUUCCGCAACAUAGGAUUGUGGCUUAAGUACGCUGACAUGGAAAUGCGUAACAAACAAGUAAAUCAUGCGCGCAAUCUUUGGGACAGAGCUGUUACACUGAUUCCAAGAGCCAAUCAAUUUUGGUAUAAGUACACGUACAUGGAGGAAUUGUUGGGGAAUAUUGCUGGCGCUCGACAAGUAUUUGAACGUUGGAUGGAGUGGGAGCCGGAAGAACAGGCUUGGCAUGCCUACAUUAACUUUGAACUACGGUAUAAGGAGCUGCAACGUGCUCGAUUAAUCUAUGAACGUUUUGUUCUGGUCAAUCCUGAGCCCAAGAAUUGGGUAAAAUAUGCUAAAUUCGAAGAAAGAAAUGGUUACAUUAAUUCGGCUCGGAAGGUAUUUGAAAGGGCUGUUGGGUUUUAUGGCAACGAUAAUCCGCAGGCUCGCUUGCUGAUCGAAUUUGCCAGGUUCGAAGAGAGGCAGAAGGAGCACGAUCGUGCUAGAGUUAUAUAUAAAUACGCUCUCGAUAAUCUCCCAUCUAAUGAAUGCCCUGAGAUCUACAAGGCGUUCACAUUGCAUGAGAAGAAGUAUGGCGAUCGUUUAGCAAUCGAGGGUGUUAUCCUUAACAAGCGGAAAUUUCAGUAUGAAUCAGAAGUGGAAGCGAAUCCCCAUAACUACGAUGUCUGGUUUGAUUACGUCCGCCUAAUGGAAGAAGAGGGUUCGGUUGAGCAGACACGAGAGCUGUACGAACGGGCGGUAGCGAAUUUUCCUCCCAUCAAGGAAAAACGUUAUUGGCGUCGAUACAUUUAUCUAUGGAUAAAUUACGCCCUCUAUGAAGAGUUGGUGGUGGGAGAUGUGGAGAGAACUCGUGAGGUCUAUAACUUCGUUCUUCGUCUCAUUCCCCACCGGAAGUUUACGUUUGCCAAAAUGUGGUUGUAUGCGGCGAAGUUCGAGAUACGUCAGAAGCAGUUAACAAGCGCCCGCAAGUUAUUAGGUACAGCACUUGGGAAGUGUCCCAAAGCUAAACUCUUCCGUGGUUAUAUUGAAUUGGAAAUCCAACUACGUGAAUUUGACCGCUGUCGGAAACUUUACGAGAAAUUUUUGGAAUUUUCCCCAGAGAAUUGCACGACUUGGAUGCGUUAUGCGGAAAUGGAGGCUCUGUUAGAUGAGGUGGAGCGGGCUCGUGCUAUUUACGAAUUGGCGAUUUCGCAACCCCUUCUAGAUAUGCCUGAGAUUCUCUGGAAGGCAUACAUUGACUAUGAGAUAGAACAGCGUGAAUGGGAUCGUGCGCGUGGUAUCUAUCGUCGCCUUAUGGAAAAGACGCAUCACGUUAAAGUUUGGCUAAGUCUGGCGAAUUUCGAGCUGUGCGCGCAGAACUCCGCGAUGAUAGAGGAAGAAAACGGGGAAUCUCCUGGUGCCACCGUUGUAGCCAACGAGCUAGAGAUGCGAGCCGCCGUCGAGCGCGCUCGCGCAGUUUAUCGGGAGGCCAAUGUUGCUCUUUGCAAGGUUAACGAUAAGGAGCAGCGUGUUCAACUCAUUGAGGAGUGGAAGGCUUUCGAAGAGGAGUAUGGGAAUGAGGAGACGCGGAAAGAGGUGGCGAGUUUCGAGCCGCAGCGAGUGGUCCGCAGUCGCCGGGUGGACGAGGGAGGCACUAGUGGUGGCUGGGAGGAAUACGUUGAGUACAUUUUUCCCGACACUGCUGCCGAGCAGCCGAAUCGAAAACUACUUGCCUUCGCCAACAGCUGGGCAAUGCUCCACGAACAUUCUGAUGAUGAUGAUGAUGAUGGUGAUGGUGACGACGAGAGAGAAGAGGAGAAUGAAGAGUGCGAUAACGCCGACGGUGCUGGCGUGCUCAGGAACGACGACAGCAGAGCCGACGUAAUGCAAACAGAGAUCCCAUAA